AUGACCACUAGCACCGAGAAUUCAAAUAUGCCCGCAAAACUCCCACCCCUCACUCUCGUUGUCGCGACCACACCCUUAACAUCUACUACAAACCCCAGCAUCCGCAAGCUCGGGAUUGGCAAAGGAGGAACACUGCCAUGGCCCAGGAUAAAGACAGACAUGAGCUUCUUUGCUCGCAUAACGACGCGUCCUCCAGCUACACCUACAGCCUCAGGCUCUGGACCAGCUUCAGCUUCACCAGCCAUCAACGCGGUGAUCAUGGGCCGAAAGACAUAUGACUCGAUACCAACGAGAUUUCGACCGCUACCCAAGAGACUUAACGUCAUUAUAACACGAGAUGAAUCCGGGUCUGUCAAGGAGCGUGCAGUUGCGGACUGGCACGCGUCGAAGAAACGAGAGCUGGAGAAGGCGGCGGGCCAGGAUGCUAAUAACGCCGCAACUACUCCUACGUCUACGGACGAGCCGGAGAUGAUCGUCUCAAGCAGUCUGGAGGACGCUUUAUCUACCUUACAGAGAGGCUUUGUGUCAUGUUCAUCGUCUGAUGUCCAGGCGGGAAAGAGACAGCUGGGAAAUAUAUAUAUCAUGGGAGGCAGUGAGAUAUACGCGUCUAGUUUACGGCUGACUGCUGACGUGCUUGGGGAGAAGAACCCGCUUCGAAUCGUGAGGACUGAUGUUCGACGCCGGGCAGAAGGGAAUACGCAGGGUGAUGUUGAGAAUCUAGUCGAUGGGUUUGAAUGUGAUACCUGCUUUCCGAUUGAUGAGACGGAUGUCAAGGAAGGAUGGAACCAAGUCUCAUCCCAGCAGCUUGGAGAAUGGGUUGGUGAAGAUGUAUCUUCGGAUUGGAUCUGGGAAGGUGAUGUUGCCAUGAAAGUAUUGGGAUAUGAGAGGCUAUGA